AUGAGCCAGCAAUACUCCUACGCCGGGGGCGGAGGCUACGGAGCUCCACCCCCUCAGCAAGGCUACGGCCAGCAGGGCUACGGCGCACCACCGCCUCAGGGCGGCGGAUACGGUGCACCUCCAGCACAAAGCGGAGGUGGUGGCUAUGGUGGCAGCUACGGCCAACAACCCCCUGGAGGAAGCGGCUACGGCGCCCCACCAGCCGGCGGCACUGGCGGUGGCUACCCACCGCAACGCCCGCAAGCCUACUCGUCGCGCACAGGCCCACCUCCAGGCGCAGACCCGCAGCUGUGGCAAUGGUACCUCUCUGUAGACAGAGAUGGAAGCGGGACUAUCGGCCCACAGGAGCUGCAGCAGGCUUUGGUCAAUGGCGACUGGUCCGCUUUCGACCUCGAUACGGUCAAGAUGCUUAUGUCCAUCUUCGACACGGAUCGCUCAGGUCAAAUCACCUUCAACGAGUUUCAAGGUCUUUGGAGGUAUAUCCAAGAGUGGCAGAACGUCUUCCGACACUUUGAUCAAGAUCGCUCUGGCACAAUCGACUCGAAUGAGCUCGGCAACGCGCUCAAAAGCUUUGGCUACAACCUUUCGCCUCGCUUGAUCCAAGUCGUGCAGCAAAAGUACAUCGUCUCCUCUACUACCUCUUCAGGCGGGCUGAGCCGGGGCAAUGGCAUCACAUUCGACCGCUUUGUGCGCGCUUGCGUCGUCAUCAAAUCACUCACGGAGAGCUUCCAGCGAUGCGACACGCAGCGACAGGGCUGGGCGACGCUCAGCUAUGAGCAAUUCAUGGAGAUCACCCUAUCCGCCCCAUAA